ACACACACAGGUGAAGGAAAGUGGUUCAGAAAUAUUGAUUAUUAUCGUUUAGACGGUUCUACCACUGCUCAGUCAAGAAAAAAAUGGGCUGAAGAAUUUAACGAUGAAACUAAUGUCAGAGGCCGUUUGUUUAUCAUCUCAACUAAAGCGGGAUCCCUUGGAAUCAAUCUGGUAGCUGCUAAUCGAGUAAUUAUUUUUGAUGCCUCGUGGAAUCCUUCAUAUGAUAUCCAGAGUAUCUUCAGAGUUUAUCGUUUUGGACAAAACAAACCAGUGUUUGUGUACCGGUUCUUGGCUCAGGGAACGAUGGAAGACAAGAUCUACGACCGUCAAGUAACGAAGCAGUCACUGUCUUUCCGAGUUGUGGAUCAGCAGCAGGUUGAGCGCCACUUUACCAUGAAUGAACUGACGGAACUCUAUACUUUUGAGCCAGAUUUGUUGGAUGAUCCGAAUUCAGAGAAGAAGAAGAAAAGGGACACACCCAUGUUGCCUAAAGACACAAUUUUGGCUGAAUUGCUUCAAAUCCAGAAGGAGCACAUAGUGGGCUAUCACGAGCACGAUUCCCUUCUGGACCACAAAGAAGAAGAAGAAUUGACUGAAGAGGAGCGGAAGGCAGCUUGGGCUGAAUAUGAAGCAGAAAAGAAGGGCCUGACCAUGCGUUUCAACAUGCCAGUUGGAGCAAAUAUGUUCCAAACCAACUCUCAUACCCCAUAUAUUCCUUUCAAUCUGACUGCCUUGUCUGCAAUGAGCAACCAGCAACUGGAAGAUCUCAUUAAUCAAGGCAGAGAGAAAGUUGUGGAAGCCACAAACAACGUCACUGGAGCAAGAAUCCAGCCUCUCGAAGACAUAAUUGCCUCAAUAUGGAAGGAGAACCUCACCCUCACGGAGUCCCAGGUGCAGGCCUUAGCCCUCAGCCGACAGGCAAGCCAGGAGUUUGAUGUGAAGCGCCGGGAAGCCAUCUACAACGACGUUCUGACCAAGCAACAGAUGUUGAUCAGUUGUGUUCAGCGGAUCCUGAUGAACAGGAGGCUUCAGCAACAGUACAAUCAGCAGCAGCAGUUGACUUACCAGCAGGCAGCCAUGAGCCACCUGAUGAUGCCGAAGCCGCCGGGCUUGAUGAUGAACCCUUCCAACUUCCAGCAGAUAGACAUGAGAGGAAUGUACCAGUCCCUGGCUAACACCAUGCACCCACCACCCCUGCAGCGUGCGCCUUCCCCCAUGAGCGGCAAAGCUCCAGGACCGUCCCAGGGGAAAUCCAUGUGAUUUUGCACUAAGCGUUCAAAGGAUUGUUAAAAUCAGAGAAAGAGAGAGAAGGGUUUUUUUAUUUUUGUAGGAAUCAAUGGCUUAACAGAACUCAACUGUAUAAAUAGUUCGGGGUGAUUUCCCUCCCUCCCUUUAGUCGCCCUGUUGCGUUUUCUAGCGUUUCCAUUUUGUUUUGAUAAAUCUGGAAGUUUCCCCCAAUUACUCGCCAGCGCUGUUGCCUAAAAUCUUCUUACCUGUGUUGAGUACAGGAGAUAUCCAGUUGUUUUCAAUGAAAACAGGUCCUUCCAGAACACUGGGGGGGCUGCGCAGAUUUCCUGUCUAAACUCCUCCGCUUGCUGCUGGCAUCCAUUAAAGCAGCCGUCCAACAGGAGAAGCUUGGGGAAGUUAACACAGAUCUGUAUAUUUUGGUCGUCACACACAAACGUACGCAGCUGAGUUCUUGAUUAAAGUUGAUUCCUCAAAUGAUGGAUUUUUGUAUAUUCCCCACUUUUUGAAGGAACAGGUAAGACAGAAUGGACACUGGGGUUUAUUCUACUCUAUCGUCUGCAUCGGAAGAACCACACAGGGCUGCAAAUGCUCUUGAGGGAGAAUUGAGUGCAAUAUGCUUAAAUACUGCUCUGGAACUUUUUUGAGUCCUUCAGUUUUCUGGAGACUGUGUCUGCAGCCUUAAAUACUGGCUCGAGGGGGUUCAGUUAUCUUCUCCAGCCUCCCGCCACUUCUUAUUUCAUCUUUUGUGACGGCAUACUCUCCAGUAACCGUACAUUUGCAGGCUUGGCUCCUUCCUGGUUUCUUUCGUCCUGCCCUGAUUCUGAUGCAAAGCACAUUCGUGUUAACUCCUUUAUACUGGUGCUAGCGUCUCAUUAUGUUGCCGGCGGUAGGGUGGCGGGCGAAGAGAGAGGGAUUUCUGGUACUUUGGGGGACAAAGAUGGUGGCUGUGGAUGGGACCAGUUCCACCGUCAGAAAGGCUUUCUCAGCUCCCAAAGGAAGGCGCUCGCAAUUGCUGCCAGAAUUGUGAAAUAAUUUCUUUUAUAAAUAACUAUCUCUGAUUACCCAGUGAAUUCUUUCCCCCUCCUAUUUUUCAUUCUUUCCAGAAUAAGAAGUUAAGGAAACUUGAUUUCUCUUUCCUUUUGCUUCGUCUGUAGAGAAGGAAGAAAUGUCUGAUUAGCGAUCCUCCAUUGACAGCUACUGUACAACAUUCGAAUGGGAAUCGUUAUCCAUUUUCUGUGCUUGUGUAGAUCCCCGUUGGCAACACUAGGAAUUUUCCUUGAACUAGACCGGUUUCUUUUUCCAAAUGGAGGAUUUUUAUUUUUCUGGAAUGUGGACUUGAGAUUGAAUGACAGGCACAUUAGUUGUAGGAGUAAAGUAACAGAGUGGGAACGCGGAGAGUCCAAGAAAGUUGGAUGGAGGAGCUGACUCAAGAGUUGCCGGUGUGUAGUGUGAAAUUGUGGGCUUUGUAAUCGUUCUUGAAGACUUGGUCUUGGUCUGGGUACGUUGGUUGGCCCCCCAGCCUGGCCGUUUUGAGUGCCUGGCGAUCUGAUUCAGUUCCAUUUUGCUAAUUGGGUGGGGAGGGGCCAGACCCCAAAGUUGUUGUGUUCAUUUCAGCAGGAAUUAAAAUAAAGACUUCUUGAGUUAAAUGUAGCUGUCCAGGGCAUUCCUGUGUUCUCUGAGUAAUACCUACACAUACCAGUUAAAUCUGGAAAUUUUCAAGGGGCAUUUUUUUUACAAACAGCUUGAGAGACAUAAAUGUGGAAGUUUUAGGCAACACUUCGAAGGCACAUUUUUUUUACCACGGACAUCAACCCGGACAACAUAUAUGACAGCGUCUCAGAGACAAGAAGCAGUAAAGUAAAAACAUUGGACCACUUUUGCGUAUAUAUUUUUCACUUGGCAUUAUAGCUGCAUAAUAUGUGCUUUUGAGUAUAACAUCAAGCUUUAACCAAUAUUUAAAGAGAGAAAUUGAAAUCAAAUAAAAAGCUCAUUUUUAUAUUUGUUCUAGAUGUUUUAACUAGUUGAAAUGGCUUAUAUAAUAAAAUGUUGCUUGUAAUACAGUUUUGCCUGCUAAAAUCUCCACAUUUUGUAACUUGUCUAUUUCUUUGGAUGUGAAAGCGUUCUUGCUUAGUAUUGUGAUACUGUACAUGUUUUUGUCCCAGUUGUAUAGUAACGUUUCAGUCCAUUGACCAGCUUUGGCUGCUGAAAUCAUACAGCUGUGAAGACUUGGCCUUUGUUUCUGUUAGACGGCUUUCAGUUAUGUAUUAAAUAUCAUAAAAGUACCGUAGAAGAGAUGUAACUUCCUAUAAGGCUGUUUUGUAAGAUAUAUAUUAAGGACUGGAGGUGUGUUUUUAAAGAGAAGCAUUCAAGUAUGACAAUAUGCUAUCUGUGUUUUCACCAUGCAAAGUGCUGUUUGGUAGUUGAAACUUAAAAACUAUUUAAUAUCUCAUUUAAUAAAGUGACCAAAAUACAUCAA